AUGGAUGCUGUAAUCAACUCAAAAAAUGUAUCCCGAUAUACUUGCUAUAACUGUGAUGGAAACUGUGACAAACCCUCUACUUGUGAUAAUGCUAUUGUAUGCUAUAGUUAUAGUGUCAUUGAUGCAUAUGGAUUUGCGAGUUUCCAGAGAGGCUGCUUGGAUAAAAAAGAUUUACAAUAUUUUAUGUGCAAAGCCAAAGAAUACAUACCAGAAAAACCAAACACUGGUCAGUAUAGUGGAGUUUGUUGCAAUGGAGAUUACUGCAAUAAUGGUUCUUUUCCUGUCCUGACGCCACAUACUUCUUCCCCAGAGAGUGAUGCUGCUUCUGAUAGUGUAGUUAAAAUCCUUCAGUUUAUAAUAGCUCCAAUUCUUGUGCUCUUUUUAAUCCUUGCUGCAGUCGUAUUCAUUUUGAGGCAUUUUCAUAAAAGGAGAAUGGCAUCCUUAGUUAGCCACAAUGACUUGGAAAACAUUUAUCAGGAUGAAUUUAAAGGAGUUGUUACUGAUGAUAGCAACUUAAAGGAUAUUUUUGACUAUUCAGUAACAUCUGGUAGUGGUUCCGGGCUUCCUCUGCUUAUUCAGCGCACCCUAGCACGUCAAAUCACAUUAGUCCAAUGCAUUGGCAAAGGACGAUAUGGAGAAGUUUGGAAAGGAAUUUGGCAAUCUGAAAGUGUUGCAGUAAAAAUCUUUUUCUCUCGGGAUGAAGCCUCUUGGGCUAGGGAAACAGAAAUUUACAGCACCAUGAUGUUGCGGCAUGAUAAUAUUUUAGGUUACAUGGGAUCUGAUGUCACAUCAGUCAAUUCCUGCACUCAAUUGUGGCUUAUAACGAAUUACAUUGAAAAUGGAUCUUUAUAUGACUACUUGAAUGAUCGUCCCCUGACAGCUCAAGAAAUGAUGACUAUUGUUAUAUCAGCUGCUUCUGGAAUAGUGCAUCUUCACACCGAAAUGUUUGGAACUGAUGGAAAGCCAGCCAUUGCUCAUCGUGAUAUAAAGAGCAAAAAUAUCUUAGUGAAAGACAAUAGGACAUGUGUCAUUGCCGAUUUCGGAUUAGCCGUGACUCACACUCAGACAACAGGGUCAACUGAUGUUGGAGAAAAUUAUAGAGUUGGUACAAAGAGAUACAUGGCUCCAGAAGUAUUAGAAGAAAAAAUAAAUCCUUCUGUUUUUGAAUCCUACCGGAGAGCAGAUAUGUAUGCUUUUGGACUUGUUUUGUGGGAAGUGUGCUUACGAUGUCUGACUGGAGGCAUUGCCGAGGAAUACAGGCCUCCAUUUCAUGAUUGUGUGCCUAGUGAUCCAAGCUUUGAAGACAUGCGAAAAGUUGUGUGUGUUGAUCAGCAAAGACCUGUAAUACCUAAUCGUUGGUCAUCGGAUGUGACUUUAACUUCAAUGGCCAAGCUGAUGAAGGAGUGUUGGAAUCAUAAUCCUUCUGCUCGUCUGACGUCAUUACGGGUGAAAAAGACUCUUGCCAAAAUAGCAGCUGCUGAUCCCAAGAUACACUUGGAUUUUUAAUGUCUGUGAUUAGAAUUUCCCUGUGGAGACAAAUUAAUGUGCACAAGAAAUCUUCUUUACUUCUUUGGUGUUUAUAUUGUAGUAACAACUUCAUCAGGGAACAGUCCUAUUUGAAAGCCAUUAAGACUGAG